AUGUCAACCAUAGCAACUAUUUAUCACCCACAAACCAAUGGGCAGGCAGAAAUCUCCAACCGAGAAAUCAAGACCAUCUUGGAAAAGGUAGUCGGUACCUCUAGGAUAGAUUGGUCGCCCAAGCUUGAUAAAGCACUAUGGGCAUACAGGACUGGCUUUAAGACUCCAAUCGAUAUGUCCUCAUAUGCCCUGGUCUUCAGAAAAGCUUGCCAUCUACCUCUCGAGCUGGAACACAAGGCAAUGUGGGCAAUCAAAAAGCUGAAUUUUGAUCUGACAAAUGCGGGAGAAGUCCGGAAGCUUCAGUUGAACGAGCUAGUUGAAUGGCACAUGAAUGCCUGUGAAAAUGCCAAACUCUAUAAAGAACGAACUAAGAAAUGGCAUGACGAUCGCAUAAGCAGAAGGGCAUUCUUUGUGGGACAACAGGUACUCUUAUUUAAUGCAUGUUUACGAUUGUUUCCAGGUAAGUUGAAGUCCCGCUGGUCUGGGCUUCCGAAUCAAGACUAUCUUUCCCAUGGCGCAGUAGAGUUAACAAGCAAGGAUGGAAGCAAUGCAUUCAAGGUCAAUGGUCAAAGAAUUAAACCGUACUAUGGAGGUAAUGUGGAACGAUGCAAAGAGACCAUCGACUUGGGUAGGCAAGUCUGA